AUAACUGAGACAGAGAAGUAACUUCAAGUAAUAAUAAAAUAAUUAGAAAUCAAAAUUAUAAUAACAUAUUUGAGGUUGUGCAAUUUUCAUAGCAUGGUGUCUCAAACAAAUCCAAUAAGUAUCAGAAAGGGUUGGCAAUGUUUGAUGAACUGGCAUAGUGAGUUUAUUGCUAAUAUUGUCAAUGUGAUGUUGCAACUGAAGAAACUUGGAAAAGAAGAUCCUAGAAGGGCCAUUCAUUCUUUCAAAGUAGCAUUUGCCAUUACACUUGUUUCAUCAUUUUACUAUUUUAAUUCUCUCUAUCAUAGUUUUGGUUCUUCUGCAAUGUGGGCUGUUAUGACUGUCAUUGUUGUCUCAGAAUUUUCUGUAGGAGCAACACUUGGAAAAGGUUUAAAUAGAGGUUUAGCAACAUUUUUGGCUGGUGUUCUUGGGCUUGGAUCUUAUUACAUGGUUCAUUCAAUUUCAAGAGGAGAUCAUAUAAUAGAACCUAUACUUCUUGGAAUCAUAAUAUUUCUAGCAACUGCAGGGGUAACAUAUAUUCGAUUUUUACCUCAAAUGAAAGCAAGAUAUGAUUAUGGGUUGCUAGUAUUUAUCUUGACAUUUUGUUUGGUAUCUGUAUCAAGCUUUAGAGACAAAGAGAUACUUAAAACUGCACAAGAUAGGGUUACCACAAUUCUUAUAGGUGGAUUAAUUUCUGUGAUGGUUUGCAUCUUUGUGUGCCCUGUUUGGGCUGGUGGUGAUCUUCACAAUUUAGUAUCAAAAAAUAUUCAAAAACUUGGUAACUUUUUAGAAGGUUUUGGAGAUGAAUAUUUUGGAACAUUAGAGGAUGGAGAAUCAAAUAAAUUAUCAAUGCAAGAAUAUAAAAGUGUACUUAAUUCUAAACAAGUUGAAGAUAACUUGAUAAAUUUUGCAAGGUGGGAACCCUGCCAUGGUCGUUUCAGAUUUCAAUAUCCUUGGCAACAAUAUCAAAAGAUUGGAAACCUAUCAAGGCAGUGUGCAUAUCGAAUUGACACCCUAAAUGGUUUCCUUAACAAUUUUAGUAAGACACCAAAGGAAAUGAGAAGCAAAAUACAAGAACCAUGCAUGAAAAUGAGCAUAGAAACAGGAAAGGCAUUAAAGCAAUUAUCAGUGUCACUCCAUAAAAUGAUUCCACCAUCUGCUGCAAACACUCACAUUGCAGCAUCUAAAAUUGCUGCCACAAACCUCAGGUCCAUGAUCAAAACAAAUUUGUUGGAAGACUACACCAAUUUGUUUGAGGUUGUUCCAAUUGUAACUGUGGCUUCCUUGUUGCUUGAUGUUGUUUCUUCCACCGAGAAACUCGCCGAAUCGAUUCAAGAACUAUCAAACUUGGCAAAAUUUAAGAACAAGGAAAGUAAAGUUGCUGCACAGGAUCAAAAGAGUCCUCAUCAUGAAGAAGUUCCUCAAUGUGUUAUUACAAUUAACCAUCUUUCUACAAAUUUGACACAUAAUAUUGGGACUUCCUAAAUGUUUAUAUUUUACUGAUUAAUAAAUUAAUCAAUCAUUUAAAUGUAAGUAAACAAAAAUUAAAGUUCAAAAAAAGAAACUUGUGUAAAAAAUAUGAUAAAAAAAUGUACACAAAUUAAAGAUGUUAUUUUAUUGUAUCAUAUAUAUGGUGGUUCUUUCUUAAAUGUCACUCAAUUGUGAAGAGUAACAUUUUAGC